GUGAAAAUAUUACGCUAUACACAGUCUCAUUGUCUCAGCGGAGUAUAAACGAAAAUACCAUGUAAAAAUUAGACGUAUCCAUAAAUGCGUGGAUAUCCUAAUAUAAGUGUUCUUGUUGUUAAUGCCACUAAUCCAAAAAAAUAUCGUUUCGUGUACGCAAGGUGUGUUUCGUUUAAAUGAACUAUUGUAAAUGUGAACCAUGUAGCGUCCAAAGUGUGUACAUUUUUGUGACAAAAAUGACCUCCAGAAGACCAAAAUAGAUGAAUUACCGAUCAUCCAGGCGUAUUAGCACUCAAGCAGUGUGGGUGUACAUAACGUUUGCAGUCAUUCUUCAAGAAAUUGCAACCAGCCCUGCUAACAGAUCGCCAGCUCUACUUCCACACCACUUCACGAAACGAUCUUUCUUCGACAUUCAGUGUAAAGGUGUCUAUGACAAAAGUAUAUUCGCCAAACUGGAUAGCAUAUGUGAAGACUGCUAUAACCUAUUUCGAGAACCUCAACUCCAUAACUUAUGCAGGAAAAACUGUUUCACGACAGAUUACUUCAAGGGAUGCGUUGAAACUUUACAGCUUUCCGACGAAGAGGCACAAAUUCAAGUUUGGAUAAAACAAUUACGUGGAGCUGAGCUGGGGGGUUUAGGUCCGAGUGUUUCUCCACAAAAUACUUCGUAGGGUGCGUCGAAUCUCUGCUGCUCAACGAAGAGAUGCCAAAAUAUCGGAAAAUGAUCGAAUAUUUAUCGAAAUGAGUCUAGUCUUUAAAUUAAACCACAUUUACUAGCUGGAUCUUUUUAAAAAAGUAGCUUUAUUUAUUACAAAACUGCAAUCUACAGUAUUUCAAAAACUUUGGGCUGACCAUUUUACAUAGUACAAAAUAUAUAGUUUAUAGGGCGAUACCUGGACAAACAAUUUUUAGUUUUGUAAUAGAAUACGUGAGCAGAUUUUUUAUAAAAGAUUCAGAGAUAUUUAUGUUAAAUAUUUUGACAGGAUUUUUGUUUCUUGUAUCUCUGUGACCACUUGACUACUUUAUUUGGUCUGAUAUUUUGUUCAAGUAUUCCUAUAUUUAUAUUUUUUCACUAAGCGCUAGCUAUAUCUGAGCCCCAGAGAUCUUGGUUAUUAAAUUAAUUCGACCAAAGAAAGUAGCUUAAGUAGUAGAAUUCACAUGGAAGCACCACGUCAACAUAUUACAUAUAUCUUUCAAUAUUCCUCUAGUAGUAUUAAAUUGUUUGUAAUUUAUACAUUUUGUGUAUACACCACCGCCGCCACUACUUAUUUAUUUCACGUCAUUUAAAUUUAGAAUUAUUUUUAAGGCUGGAAAAAAUAAUUCAUCAUUUCUCUCAUUAUAUAAUUUAUUGAAAAAUAAUUAAAAUAUUUUGUAUUAUUGUCUAGUAUUUUGUUAAUUUUCUUGUAGGUAAAUAUACCAAACGUCAAAUAAGAAUGGCGUACCUAGAUUAUUUUUAUUUAUUUUUUAACUAGGUAUAUUUUCCUACAAAAAAUCUUAUUUUUAACAUUCCGCAAUCAGUAUUGCUGAAGUUGCCUGUAUUUUUUCAACAAAUCUCUAAGGGUAAUAUUCAUAAUUAUGAUGUAAAUUAUUGGAAAAUCUAAAUACAUGUAUGCGGAACAAUGUAGCAUAAAAUAAAUUAUUUUUUAAAUGGCAGCUUCGAAUUAAAUGACUACGAUUAUU